GUCAUCACGCGACAACACGACGCCCGGAGCCACGCCGCUCUCAGCGGCCAGAUAGUGAUGUCACACCCCAGAUAGCCAGGGUGUUAUCACUGUCCAGCGUGGACGUCGCCCUUGGCGGCGCAACUCUCUAGAAAUACCCGUGCAGGCGACCGGGUGUCGGACACCAGGACACUGCGGACUCCGGAACGCACGGUUACACUUAUAAAUAGUCAAAGAGAUCUUGGUUUGCCAAAAAAGUGAUGACGUCCCUGCUGUCCACGAUUGCUAUGUUCGCACUUUCCGUCCCUGGGGUCACAGGUCACGGGCGGUUGAUGGACCCCCCGCAGCGUUCCAGUAUGUGGAGGCUUGGCUACAACACUCCCGCCAACUACAACGACGCCGAACUUAACUGUGGCGGGUUGAAUCACCAGUGGUCAAACACAAUUGGUGGCAAGUGCGGCGCCUGUGGGGACCCUUACGACGCACAUCAACGCAACAACGAACCUGGCGGCCUGUACUACGCCGACACCAUCGGCCGCAUCUUCCACUCAGGGGACACCAUCACCAUGAACGUGCUCAUCUUAGCCAAUCACAGAGGCUACUUCGAAUUCAGGUUAUGUGACAAUGGCCUGUUGGCCGGGGAUGCUCUUCUGGAGUGCUUCAACAAAACAUUGUUGACCCUUGACCCGACUGACCACAAGGUACAACCAGCGACCACUGGUGGCCCGCUGGUGAGGUACUAUAUUGGAAGUCAAACAAGGAUGUAUUACGUGAAAGCCAGUCUACCGUCGGAUAUGACAUGUGACUUUUGUGUAUUACAGUGGACAUACGUCACAGCCAACGCCUGGGGUACGGACGCUGGCGGCACGGGAGUCAACCACGGUCCCCAGGAGCACUUCAUCAACUGCGCCAACAUCCAGAUCACGGCCACCAACACUCCCUCCACAACAUCCACCCCAACAUCUACAUCUACGACAACAAGAGCAAGUACCUCUACAACAACAACAACAACAACAACAACAACCACAACCACAACAACAACAACAACAACGGUGGUUCCCUCAGUUCCGGUGUCAUCAUCUGCUAUCAAGGCACAAGCUGGGAGUGGCUGUCGAGCUGUCGGUGUCUGGAGGACCGUGAAGGGCAUGGACACCUGGUGUUCCCGGCUCUGCCCUAGAGGAAUGUGUCCACAGACACUGUGUCGCUGUAGCUGAACCUGAACACCUCUCUCGGUUCAAUCUGAACACCUCUCUCGGUUCAAUCUGAACACCUCUCUCGGUUCAAUCUGAACACCUCUCUCGGUUCAAUCUGAACACAGAUCUCGGUUGAAUCUGAACACACUCGGUCAGCCGAACCUGAAACACUCCCUCCGUCCCACAUUGCUGGGUCAAUGUCUAUACCUGAAACACUCCCUCCGUCCCACAUUGCUGGGUCAAUGUCUAUACCUGAAACACUCCCUCCGUCCCACAUUGCUGGGUCAAUGUCUAUACCUGAAACACUCCCUCCGUCCCACAUUGCUGGGUCAAUGUCUAUACCUGAAACACUCCCUCCGUCCCACAUUGCUGGGUCAAUGUCUAUACCUGAAACACUCCCUCCGUCCCACAUUGCUGGGUCAAUGUCUAUACCUGAAUGUGCCUGACCGUAACAAGUUCCUGGUGGUGGGGGUAGUGGUUAUAAGGGUUUGCACAAAUCACUCGCUCAAUUUGUCAGGUUCACUUGAUAUUUCUUAUACCAAGAACUGACAACAUAUGUAAAACAUGUCAUGGUGUAAAUAAAGUCAUUGUUAGUA